AGGGACAGGCUGACCGGACUUGGGAAGCCUGAGGUCAAAAAAUGGGCGCAUGUGUCGCGAAAAGCGGCGUCGUCGAACAUGGCGAGAGCAUCGACAACGUCAAGGCUCCGCGCCUCGCCUCGAAGAGUCUGCUCCCGACAAUGCUGCGGUCUGCAGUUUCGUCAGACAGCAAGUCCGUGAAGCGGGAUUCGAUCUCCAGGGCGCAGCUGAUCCCGAACCAUCCGGGGAACAUUCGGGAGUACUACAACGUUGAGGCGAAGAAGCUCGGCGAAGGCACCUACGGCUCGGUCUCCAGUGCCAAGCACAAGUCGACCGGCGCCGUGCGGGCCGUCAAGACGAUGGCGAAGGGCCAUGUCAAGAACAUGGAGCGCUUCAAGCAGGAGAUCCUCAUCAUGAAGGUGAUGGACCACCCGAAUAUUAUCAAGCUCUAUGAGACCUUUGAGGAUCGUCGCCACCUCUAUCUGGUCAUGGAGCUCUGCACCGGAGGCGAGCUCUUUGACAAGAUCCUCGAGACGGGGCACUUCAUGGAGUCGGACGCAGCCAUUGUUGUGUCGCACAUCCUGCAUGCCAUUUUCUACAUGCACAAGAAUGGUGUUUGCCACCGGGAUCUGAAGCCAGAGAACUUCUUGUUUCUCUCGAAGGAUCCCAUUGCACAGAAUCAGCUCAAGCUGAUCGAUUUCGGGCUCUCGAGCCUCGUGUGCGAUGGCAAGGCAAUGUCCACCAAAGCUGGGACGCCAUAUUACGUCGCACCACAGGUGCUGUCAGGCAAGUACGAUAAGUCCUGUGACAUCUGGAGCUCUGGCGUCAUCAUGUACACGCUGCUUUGCGGGUAUCCUCCAUUCUACGGCAAGACCGACCAAGAGGUCCUGCAGAAGGUGAAGGGUGGCAAUUUCACCUUCGAGAACAAGGACUGGAGGCACGUUUCGGAGGAUGCCAAGGGACUGAUCCGGAUGCUGCUGAAGUACGACCCAGGCCACCGCUUCACCGCGGAGCAGGCGCUGCAGCACGAGUGGAUCAGGUGUCGUGCGCCGCGGGCGACCAUGGUGUCGCUGCAGGAGGGCAUCGUGGAGAAUCUUCGCGCCUUCCGGAGUCAGCACAAGAUGAAGAAGGCUGCCCUGCACAUCAUCGCUGGGCAGCUGAGUGAGGAGAAGAUCAAGGCGCUGCGCCAGACCUUCGAAGCGCUGGAUGCCAACGGCGACGGCCUGCUCACCGCGGAGGAGCUGAAGGAUGGGAUGCUGAAAGCGAACCUCGGAGAUCUCCUCGAUGGCAUCGACUUGGAGGCCAUCAUGGAAGGUGUGGACGCGGACGGCAGCGGGCUCAUCGACUACACCGAGUUCCUGGCGGCGACGCUGGAUAAGAAGUGCUACUUGCAGGAGGACGUGUGCUACACGGCCUUCAGUGUCUUCGAUCAGGAUGGUGAUGGGCACAUCACCCUGGAGGAGCUGAAAAAGAUCCUGGAGAACGGGAGCGUAGAAGAGGCCCUCCGAGGAAGGUCAUCCGAGGAGAUCCUGAAGGCGGUGGACACCAAUGGCGAUGGGUCCAUAGACUUUGAGGAGUUCAUGGCGAUGAUGAGGCGGGACUCCAACGAGGCGGAGAUGGAAGUCCGCGGUUCCUUGUAAAGGUACAACCGCCCGGAGGAUGCCAUUUGCACAGCGCAAGACGUUUCACCGAGCUGUGCAAUUUUCAUCAGGGUCGGCCCUGAGUGCGCCAAGACCGGCGGGGAUGGUUUGUAGCCUUGUGAUGCGGUUGCUUCUUCCGGACACUUUCUUCGCCUGUCUUGGCACCUGCACGCUCUUUGCAAGGCCAAGAGCACCCCCAAAACCAGCGCCCCCCGCAGGAGACGGGAAGUCAGCGCAGAUCUCGGGACAUCCCAGCCAGCGCUUCACACGCUGGCCGGGUCCAGAGGUUCCGUGCUCAGGGUUGCUGGCUAGAGAAUUGACCGAAUUCCUGGGACGAGGUCAAUA